CAGAUGCCGAGCUCUACCUAGGGACCCACAACAAAAAAGGGAAAACAAUCAAAAGUAGUAGGAAGGAGUCCCAAGUAUUCAAGUUUAUUUGGGCUGUUUGCUUACCAGCACUGCCAUUAUGUUUCAACACACUUUUCCCCAGCACCUGGUAAGACAAUGAUCCAGGAUGCUACAUCCGGGUCCAAAAGGUACUAACUAUCCCCAGUUAACUAAAGCAGGGAGGAAGAGGAAAGGCGGUGGCAGUCUUGGCAGAGUCUUCAACUUAGCCUUUGAGAAGUCUGGACGGCUUCUGUGUCCAACAUGAACCCUAAACUAAUUCUGUGAUCUUAGAGCAAUCCCUUCCCUUCCCCCUCAUUUCUGCUUCAUUUCCCAUCACUCUCCUCUUAAGUCAAGUCAAAGCGUUGGAUCAAAAUGUUUCCAAAGAACUUUUGCAUGGCUCUGGGGUAGCUGAUGCCGGGCGGGAAACAAAAUGGCGGACAGAACCACUUUCCUUUGCUUCCCCCACGUUUCACUUGCUCUCAAACCUCCAACACACUUUGGCAGCCUUGGAGCCCGAGGUUCCUCCCCCAUCCCAGUGGUCCCUGGUCACCAUAGAAACGUGCUAGAGAGCUCAAGACUAAGGCUGGCCAAGUAAUCAGUGGUAGCCAACGAUUGGACGAAGGAACGCCCGAACCGGAAAUAUCUCAGAGUCUGGAACUGGCGCUAGUUCUCCCCCUCCCCGGCGCGUCUCGCCCCUCCUCCUCACGGAAGCACGUGGGUUAGCGGAACCACGGACUUUAAGCCGAAAGAAGGACUCCGGGCCUUGCUGCCCCUUCCCACGUGAUCUCUCUCGCCCCGGCACGGUCUCUCCGCCCCUCAGUUCGUGCCCCUCCCCGCCGACUUCCUCUGAGACACUAGACUGGAAAGAGGACUGGAGGUGCCGGGAUAGUGGCCGCGCGUUCUGUCAGUUAAGAGUUGCGUUCUCUCUCGCGAGGAGAGAGGCAAAAGGUGGGUCCUGGGAACUCGAAACGCCGAGGCGGGAAAGACUCGAAAGUCCAUUACUCGAAAGUGAGCCCGUGGGAAACUUUGUGCAAGGCACGCUAGCGGAGCUCGGGGUUUGCUUUGGUUGUUUUUCCUUUUCAUUUCACAGUUUCGGAGGGAAGGCGCGAUGGAAUUCCUCUUACCCCCACGAGAGUCUGCGAAAUUCGUGGCCGACCAUAGCCAAGACGUGAUUAUUGAAAAAGCCGGAGUCUAUCGCGUGGCCGAGAUGCUGCUAGAGAAGGUUCCGGGCCGAGAGUUCGGCUUGGAGGGCUGGAAGUCCUUACACGAGCUAAACCCUCAGGCGGACGACGAAGACGCGGUCAACUGGGUGUUUGUAGCCGAUACUCUCAAUUUCUCCUUUUGGUCGGAAGAGGAAGAUCGCAAGUGUAUGGUGCAGUACAAGGGUAAAAUGUACAGCGGCUACUGGGCUCUUUGCGCGGCAAUCAACCGAGCGCUGGAUAAAGGAAUACCCCUCACUAGGCCUUCAUACUAUGCCACAGUUACCCUUGAUCAACUUCAACAUAUUUUGCACUCUGAUACAGAUGUGCCUAUGCCUUUGAUAGAAGAAAGGCAUCAGAUUCUCAAUGAAACUGGAAAAAUUUUACUUGAGAAGUUUGGAGGGUCUUUUCUUAACUGUGUUCACAAGAGUGACAAAAGUGCACAAAAACUCCUGUCCCUGAUAGUUGAAAGUUUCCCUUCCUAUAGAGAUGUGGCUGUAUAUCAGGGUAAAAGGAUUUCAUUUUACAAACGAGCUCAGAUUCUUGUGGCAGAUACUUGGUGUGUAUUAGAAGGAAAAGGAGAUGGCUGCUUCAGUGACAUUUCCAGUAUCACCAUGUUUGCUGACUACAGACUACCUCAGGUUCUUGCUCACUUGGGAGCAAUAAGAUACUCUGAUGAACUACUGAAGAAACUUCUUAAAGGAGAAAUGUUUCCAUCUGGGGAUAAACAAGAGGUAGAAAUCAGAGGCUGUUCUGUUUGGUGUGUUGAGCUGAUUCGAGAUCAACUUUUAAAACUUGUUGAAAAAAGGGGCAUCAAAAUUGGUGUAGAUAUAAAUUCAGUUCUUCUUGAUUAUUUCUUGUGGGACUAUGCCCGGGAUCACAGGGAAGAUAUGAAAGGAAUUCCAUUUCACCGGACCCGAUGCAUAUAUUAUUGAUUAUGCUAAGUUCUAGUCAAAUCAGACUCCAGAAUUUUGUAACAUAUAAUCAGUUGUGCCCCUUAUCUUUUAUUAUGUUAACCAGAAAAAGUGUAGCACAUACUAUGGGGAAGAAAAAGGAUUUAUGUCACUCUUCCUCAUCAACCUUUCUUAUCUACUAGUGUUCAUUCCAAAUUUCAUUUUUUUUUUUUUUAUUUCAUUUAUUUUCUUAGUGCUCUUAAUUUUGGCAUUCCAAUUUUUCUUUUUGCGAAAUUUCUUUUUAAAAGUUAAUCAUGGGGCACCUAGGUGGCACAAUGGAUAGAGCACCAGCCCUGAAGUCAGGAGGACCUGACUUCAAAUCUGGACUCAAAGACAACUAACACUUCCUAGCUUUGUGACCUUGGGCAAGUUACUUGACUUCAAUUGCCUCUACCAAAAAAAAAAAAAAGUUAAUCAUGCUUUUUUAAAUGUGAUCAAUUUUCAGGGUGAUUUUUCUGUCAUUCAUUAGAUAUUUCUUAGUUUCUAUCCAUUUUCCAUUUAUUGCACUCUUCUGUUUAAAAUUCUCAUAUGUGUAUAUGUGAUCAUGGAUUGUGUUGUAAUACCAAAGAAACUGAGGCAAGCAAAGAUUGGUUUUUGAUUUUUAAUGUGGAAUUUAAGCUAGCUGACCAGAUGGGACUCUUGUCCAAUGCAGUGAAUGCAGGAUAAAUUGACAGAGGGAACUUAUAUAGGAUUUUAACUAACUAGGAUUUGCAAACAGAAUACAUAAUCUGAGUACACAAUCUUAUAGGGGAAACAAAGGCAGAUAAGGGGGGUGAGGACACUGGGAGGAUGGACAAGCCAUAAUUCCAGGAAAGGAUUGAAAUUUAAUCCUAACAGGAUAGGGAUCAAGAUAAGAAGGGUCAAGGGCAGAAGACAUCGAGGCAUGGGGCAAUACUCAAAAGGAGGGGGAAUCGUCCUAGCAAAGAUUGAUAUUGCACUUGGAGUUAAUGACACAGUGAUAUGUAAAGGUGACCAAACUUCAAGGUUUUUCCUGAGCUCUUUUUUAAACUCAAUUUCCAGUCCUAAUGGCAAGGAAGGGGAAGGGGGUGGGUGGCUCAACAGUAUAAAUGGAAAAAGAACAAGUGUAUAUACACAUGAACGUGUAUUUUAAUGACACAGUUACACAAUAGUGAUAUUAUUGAAAAAACCAAGGAAUUAAGUUGAGUUAAAACUGUAAUUACAUGGGGCAGUUAGGUGACGAAGUGGAUAGAGCACUAGCCCUGAAAUCAGGAGGACCUGAGUUCAAAUGAGGUCUCAAAUACUUAACACUGCCUGGCUUUGUGACCCUGGCCAAGUCACUUAAUCUCAAUUGCUUCAGCAAAAAAAGAAAAAUGUAAUUGUUUGGUGUAUAUAUAAUAGACACUAUAAAGAUUAUUUUUGAUGUUUAGUCUAAUUUGCAAGUGUCUGAUUUGAAAUUGAAUAAACUUUAAAACGUAA